AUGGCAUCCGUCCUGUGCCUCCUCGCCGCGGCGGCCGCGGACGCCGCGACCAUCGUGGUCACCAACAAGUGCGGGUACACCGUGUGGCCCGCGGCGCUGCCAGGCGGCGGCACGGUGCUCAACACCGGCGACUCGUGGUCCAUCGACGUGCCGGCGGGGACGCGGAACGGCCGCGUGUGGGGCCGCAUGGGGUGCGGCUUCAUCGCCAACGGCACGCUGGGGCAGUGCCAGACGGGCGACUGUGGCGGCACGCUGGUGUUCGGCAAGGUCGGGUUCUCGCCCGUCACGCUGGCCGAGUACUCGCUCGGCGGCGGGAGCGGCGGCGGCGCCGACUACUUCGAGAUCUCCCUCGUCCACGGGUUCAACGCGCCCAUGUCGUUCUUGCCCAGCGGCGGCGGGGCCAGCAGGUGCGCCUCGGCGGGCCGUCGUGCCCCGUGCAGGAGAUCGAUCACCUUCAACUGCCCGUUCGAGCAGCGCGCCAAGGCCGGGUGCAACAACCCGUGCGACGGCAGGAGCGGCAGCUGCGGCCCGAACAACGGGACGGAGUACUUGAAGAAGUCGAGCCCGCAGACGAUCACGCACCCCAGGGGCACGAGCAACACCAAUCUACACGUGCCCGCCCGGGACAAACUACGAAAUCACCUUCUGCCCAUGAAAUCCAGUUGA